CUGAAAUCGCCACAGACAAGUUUAUAAAUCUUCACGCAGAAGCGGCGCACUUCGGUCUCUCAAAUUAAAAGGAUUACAUUUUAGACUUUUCUCCCCCCCUCUUCGGCGGCGAAUGGAGCUUAAAUGGGAUAUACGGUUAGGAGUUUUGCUUGUUUUACUGCAGGUCCUUGGAGGUGGCUGUGCGGAGCUGACGGCACCAUGUUCCCCUGGUUUUGCUUCUGAUCUUUUCCUCUUCAGAGUUCACAGAGAACACCUGCAGAGGGGCUCCGGGAUCGGCAAAGUUGUUUUUAACAGUUGUAGUGGAAGAACACUGGCCGUCUUUGACUCUGGUGAUAAGCGGUUUCGUGUAGACUCUGAUGGCACAGUGAAGCUGAAGAGACGGGUCACUCUUCAUAAUGGCCGUAAGGUCUUCUCUGUCUCUGCUUGGGACUCCAGAGGAAAGAAACACACUGCAAUUGUGAGGGUGGAACAUCAGAGUCAAGCUGAACACAGUCAUGAACAGCAGGAAGAUGUUGGGGCAAUUGAACCUGUGCAGGCUUAUCCCCCCUCGACACUCUUUCUGGAGUUUCCGGCAUCGGGUGGGUUACGGAGAAGGAAAAGAGAGUGGGUGAUUCCUCCGAUCAGUGUCUCGGAGAAUAGAAGAGGGAAAUACCCUAUGGAGUUGGUGCAGAUUAAGUCCAGUUAUGCUGAAGAAACAACGAUGAAGUACCGGAUCACUGGUGAAGGAGCAGACCAGCCUCCAGUGGGAAUUUUCACAAUAGAUAAAUACACUGGUUGGCUCUUUGUGACAAUGCUUCUAGACAGAGAAAAAAAAGAUAGAUAUGUGCUGCAAGCCCAUGCUAAGGCAACUACUGAUCAAAUCGGAGAAGAUCCCAUGGAAGUUAUAGUUGUUGUGCUGGACCAGAAUGAUAAUACUCCUGUCUUCACCCAAAAUCCAUUCCUUGGCAGUGUACCAGCAGCUUCAAAAAUAGGGUUUGAGUUCAUGACCGUCAGUGCCACUGAUGCAGACGAACAGGGCAGUGACAAUGCUGAUGUCGGGUACUCAAUCAAGAGUCAGGAACCACCAGAGCCAAGUUCAAACAUGUUUACCAUCAACCCUAUCAGUGGAGUGAUCUCAGUGAAUGCUGAUGGACUGGACCGGGAGAAAUUUAGGGAAUAUACCUUGGAGAUUCAAGCAGCAGAUGAUCAGGGCAGAGGCCUCUCAGUCACUGGAAAAGCUGUUAUUACUGUAACGGACAGCAACGACAAUCCACCUCAAUUUCUGCAAAAUUUGUACGAGGUGACCGUCCCAGAGAAUGAAGUGGGAGCUGUGGUGGUAAAAAUGCCAGUUGAGGAUAAGGAUGAGCCACAGUCAUCUGCCUGGGCAGCAAAGUUCAGUAUUGUUAAAGGUGACACCAGUGGAUUUUUCAACAUCACCACAGGACCAAACAAACAGGAGGGCAUCAUUACUACUGUCAAGCCAUUGGACUUUGAGAGUAACAACAAAUAUACACUGCUGGUAGCUGUGGAAAACGAGGUUCCAUUUGCAAAACCUCUGACUACCUCCACUGCUACAGUCAUUGUAAGUGUUACUGAUGUGAACGAGGCUCCAGUGUUCAAACCAGUGAAGAAGUUGAUUUCGAAACCUGAAGAUGAAAAGGUUGGUAGUGAACUGACUGUCUACACUGCCAUUGAUCCAGAUACUGCAAAGGCCCAGACAGUGGCGUAUCGUGUUGGAGAUGAUCCUGCUGGCUGGGUGAGCGUUGAUCGAGACACUGGACUAAUCAAAGUCAAGAGUCCUAUGGACAGAGAAUCUCAUUUUGUGAAAGAUGAUAAAUAUACAACCCAAAUCCCAGUGGUGGAAAAUGAAAUUCCAGCAACUGGUACUGGGACCCUUGUAAUUGAGCUGGUGGAUGUGAAUGAUAAUGCUCCAACAGUUGAGAUGAGCAACAUCGAUGUAUGUAAUAAGGAGCCACCUCCAGUGGUCCUGCCUGUGACUGAUAAGGAUGGGCCUGGCUUUACUUCUCCUUUUAGUGUGGCAUUGCAAGGAGAUGGCAAGGACAAUUGGACUGCCACAAUGAACGCGUCGAAAACGGGGAUUGUACUUUCAUUGAGGGCUCCGCUCAGUCCUGGAGUUUACAAUGUUGUUCUGAAGGUGUUUGACAUCCAAAGCCUAUCAGAAGACAACAUUAUCCAGGCCACUAUAUGUGACUGCAAAGGAGCUGAUUUUAAAUGCCAGGUUAUUAAGGCUGCACAAAUAGGCAUCCUUGGUGUUCUUGGAAUUUUGGGGGCUAUUUUGGCUCUGUUGUUGCUGGUCCUGCUGCUGCUUCUGUUCCUUAGAAGAAGAAGAAGCUCUAAGAAGGAACAGCCCCUGAUCAAUGAUGAUAUCCGUGACAAUGUUUACUAUUAUGAAGAAGAGGGUGGUGGAGAGGAUGAUCAGGACUAUGACCUGAGCGUUUUGCACAGGGGCCUCGACAACCAUCCUGACGUGUUCCGUAAUGAUGUGGCUCCCACCUUUAUGUCUGCCCCAGAAUAUCGUCCACGGCCUGCAAACCCUGAGGAGAUUGGCACCUUCAUUGAUGAUGUAAGACGUGCAGUUUUUUUGUGCUGUAGAAUCUGAUUGUACUACAAAACAUGUCUCAUGCAUAUAAGUGACUUGACUUGUGUGGUCCAUAUAAACGAGUGUUCCAUCUUGCAACAUGCUGCUUCCUUGCCACUGUUGUGAACUUGGUCUGACCCUCCCUUUGCUAGUUAGCAUUUGCCUUUUUUGUCAAGCAAUCAUGGCAAAGUUUAGUGAACUUGAGAGACAUGUUUUGGGAUAAAUUUAUUAGGGAUAAAAUUAAGGGUUCCCUUCCCCUCAAAGAUGCUUUGCUACAAACUAUUCAAAGCACUAUAUAAAUUCUAGAGACUUGUGCAGGCAGGUCUGUGCUGAGCCUUUUAUGUCUGGCUCGAAUCCUGGCAGCAUUGCAAAAUUGGAACACUUUCCUGGACAGUGUUCUAGACCGCUCGGCCAGAGGAUCACAUCGUUAACUGAGGUUAUGUAACAUGGUAUGUAUGUGGCCCAUAUGUACUGGUGCCACCUCAUGACUGUGAAAUCGCAACCUGAGGCUGGCACACCAAUUACAUUCUUAAACGCGCUCAAACUUGGUUAAACAUAUACAGACAGGUGCCUCUAUAGGCUUCAGCCAAAGGCUGAGCCAAAAGUGUUGUUUUUUUUUUUUUAAUAUAUGUAAAAUUUUUAUUAUAUAAAUUAUAUUGUUUACUAGUAUCUGUGUCAGUACUGUGUAAUUCGUUAUCUAGCCGAGUAAGAUUUAAACUUCAUAAAAGUGAAGUCUGUUUUUGUUGCCAGUAAAAAUCAUGGUUACAGAACUUCUGAUUAGGUUUUUAGCAUUAGAAAUAUUUAUCACAUUACAGCACAGUUGAAGUUCUUUGUAUUUAACCCAUCUGAAGCAAUGAAUCUCUUUGGGUUGUUGUGGGUGUUUUUAAGCCAGGAGCGCUUGCACCUAAUUGACUUAACAGCCAUGAACAAUAUAUACAAUUAUGUAGGGGGAAAGUACCUAUGCCUUAUACAGUAGUGUGUUUGGGUUUGUUGUGUGACGUAUAUAAAACUUUGUAUGCAUCUCCCAAUAUUGCCUAUUGGCCAGGAUUGGUGGUGAACUCAUUUUAUAGAAUCCAGAAAAUGUAGUUAAAUUUAGCUUUGCAUUACUUUUGUCAUUACUAUUGCUCUCUUCAGAUUUUGCCUCAUGUGUUUCUGCUUUUAUGUACCAUAGAACCUGAAAUUUGGGACAGUUUUAGUUUCCAUGUUGGUUUAUGAUUUAAUAUUGGAGCAAUACUGUCCAAAACAGGCUAAAAGAGUGGCUAUUUUUUGUGGCUCAUUUGUUAAUGGAUUACUUUUUACUGCAUGAUUUUUCAAAGCACUGUGAGGUAUGAUGUAUAUCAAUAAAGUUUUAUCAAGUUUGUAUCCCAUUUCUGUUUUUAGAUGGAUUUUACAUUUGAUUCCUCUGUACCAUGUAAUUCACACUUUGUGUAGCCAUUAAGUUGUUUGUUUCAAUUUUUUUUUUAUUAAAUGUUGUACACAA